AUGGAGCAGCUACUGCCCGUCAUUAACAAACUUCAAGAAGUUUUUAUCGCUAUUGGCGCCUCAAGUGAUGCUAUUCAGUUACCUCAGAUUGUAGCUAUUGGAACUCAGAGUAGCGGUAAGAGCUCUGUUCUGGAGAGUAUAGUUGGAAGGGAUUUUUUGCCUCGAGGCACCGGAAUUGUCACCAGAAGACCAUUGAUAUUGCAGUUGAUUCAUGCUAAUCCAGAAAGCGAAGAAAAAGGUUAUCAACCUGAAGAGUGGGGAAAGUUCUUACAUUGUGAUUCGAUAUUUACUGACUUUAACGAUAUCAUGGUUGAAAUUACCAAAGAAACAGAGAGAGAAUUGGGCCUAGGCAAGGGUAUAUCAUCGAAACCGAUUCAAUUAAAAAUCUAUUCACCUAACGUUCUUAAUUUAACUUUGGUGGAUCUACCUGGACUUACAAAGGUGCCAGUUGGUGAUCAACCUCCAGACAUUGAAAAACAAAUUUAUGAUUUGUGUUAUGAGUAUAUCAGUAAUCCCAAUUCUCUUAUUUUGGCUAUAAGCGCUGCUAAUGCUGAUAUGGCUACAUCAGAGGCCAUAAAGUUGGCUCGCGAAGUCGAUCCUACAGGAAAGAGGACGUUAGCUGUAGUCACGAAGCUUGAUCUCAUGGAUGCCGGUACAGAUGCGACUGAUAUUUUAACUGGUCGCCUCAUCCCCGUAAAAUUAGGGAUUAUUGGUGUGGUAAAUCGUAGUCAGCAAGAUAUCAACGUUAAGAAGUCCAUUAAAAUAGCCCUCGGUGAUGAAGCCAUAUUUUUCCAGAAACGGUACCCUGGAUUAUCUGAUAGAAAUGGAAUCCAGUAUCUGGCAAAAACCUUAAAUAAGUUAUUGCUGCUUCAUAUUCGUGAUUGUUUACCGGAAUUAAAGACACGGAUAAAUCUGAAGUUGGCAUAUAGCCAGCAAACACUCGCUACUCUUGGUGUACCUAUAAUAGAGAAGGGACCUGAGUUAUUAAGGGUUAUUACCAAGUUUGCUGCCGAUUAUUGUGCAACUAUAGAAGGGACUCAUGGAAAUAUUGAAAUAGCGGAACUCAUUGGUGGAGCACGAAUAUCUCAUAUUUUUCACGAAGUUUACUUUAAGACCUUGGAAGGAAUCGAUCCUUUAGGGGGCUUAUCGACAACUGAUAUCCUUACGGCAAUAAGAAAUGCUACGGGUCCGAGACCCACGUUGUUUGUUCCAGAGUUAGCCUUCGAAUUACUGGUCAAGAGACAAAUCAAGCGACUUUUAGAGCCUAGUCUAAGAUGUGUACAGUUAGUCCAUGAAGAAAUGCAGCGAAUCAUUCAGCAUUGCAUAACUCCGGAUCUUCAUAGAUUUUCUAAAGUUCACAAUAGAAUUGUCGAAGUUACGAGUGCUUUGCUUAGAGAACGCCUUGAACCUGCUAAUUCGAUGGUUGACAAUCUCAUCGCUAUCGAAUUAGCUUAUAUCAAUACUAAUCAUCCUGAUUUUGCAUCGGGCCAUGAAAUUAUUGCAAGGAUGAUGUCGGAGCCUAGCGUGGAAAAACCUCCGGUGGAGUUACAGACGACUUUCGAGAAUAACAAUGACCCGUCUAGUAAAAGAAUAAUUCCAUUUGGUUAUCUGAUGAACGGAGAAAAUGCAAGAAAGGAUGAUUCCGACGUUAGCUUCAAGUCUAAAUCAACUAUUGAAAAUGCAGCAAGCUUCGGGCGGGAUUUAACUGAUCGAGAAAGAGUAGAUGCUGAAUUAAUUAAGCGUCUCAUCAGGACUUACUACGAUAUCGUAAAGAAAAGCAUACAAGAUAGCGUACCAAAAGGGAUAAUGCAUUUCCUAGUGAAUAACGUAAAGAAGCAUCUACAGAGUCUAUUAGUUGAAAGGCUGUACAUUAAAGAAGAAAUCACUGAAUUAAUGGAAGAAUCACCACACGUAAUUGAAAAACGGAAUCGGACUAUACAUAUGAUUAAGGCACUAGAGAAGGCGUCUCAAAUAGUUAGUGACGUUCGUGAAACUCAGCUUUGGUAA